AUGUUUGAGGGUUUGGUGAAGCGUUUGUUGGAUACGUAUCUUGCUCCGUAUGUUGAGGGGAUUACGCAAAAUUUACAAAUGGCAGUAUGGUCUGGGAACAUCUCAUUAGAAAAUCUAACCCUAAAAAACGACAUAGUCUCAAGAUUAGCACUGCCGUUUCAUGAUGUUUCGGGGAAAAUCGGUAGUAUGAAUAUUAGAAUUCCCUGGACCAGUUUAGGAACCACGCCAAUCAAGAUUGUUAUAGACUCAGUUUACAUUUGUAUAGAUAACAGAUCAAAUGAAAAAACGGACUCUGAAAUCUUGGCACACUUGAGAAAGAAGAAAAAUAACCUAAUCAGCAUACUGGAGCAUGAGUAUUACGAGCUGGCAAACUUACAAUCUGAAGGCAAACUAAGCUCAUCAUACAUCAUUAAACUGUCACAAAAGAUUUUAAAUAACAUACAAAUUGAUUUUACUAACAUACACUUACAGUUUUUUGAUGAGCACAGCUCAUUUGCCUUUAAGAUUGACUCGAUUUUUGUCAGAAAAUCAAAGGCUGACGAGAGUAAAAAGAGCCUGAGAUUAAAGACAAAUGAAGAGUUCAGAGAAGAACCUAUCACACACGUUUGCUCACUCCUGGGACUCUCAAUUUAUGAAACCAACUUCAACCUUCCCAAAUCACAAGUCUCCUCAAACUCAAUCCUACAACUCAUUGCCAACCACUCUGAACGUGAAAAUUCUGAGGAUAGUGAGACGGGGGACUACAUAGGGUUGUUGAUGUUGGAACCUCUGUCGUUUAGAUUAUAUUUGGCAAUAAAUGCGAGAAACAAAUCCAUCUAUGCUUCACUGUGUAUUGGGUCAAUUGUGCCAAGUCACUCGAAAAUAUCAGAAACUGUGAUUAACUAUACCAAUUACAUAAAGUCAAACAUUAGUAAUUUGACCAACAAAAUAGGUAAAAAGGAUCAAACGGACGUAAAUACUAAUGAGAGAGAGGACAGAUUGAAGAUAGUGUUGACGAGUGAUGUGAUUCGAACAUUUACGAAGAUGUGGGUUGAUAUAAACAUGGUACGCAAAAGAGGAAAGAGAAUUCUAUUAUCAAAGUCAAAUGAAGUUAAACUGGAUCCAGAAUCACUCAAAACCACCACCAAAGCAGAGUUCAUCAAAUUAUACACCAAACAUAAACUAUCAGGAUCCCCCGGGUUACAGAGUACCACCGACAACCCUGUUGACUUAGAAGAGUUGGAGAGAUUACAGGAUAUAAUUGAUUUGGUACCAGCGCGUUACAUAGCAAGAUGGAAGUUUGCAUGUAAGAGAAGAAGCUCAGCUACGGUAGUGACAAAGGAGAAUAAAUCCUGGUUCAAAUGGGCUAAAAAUAUCGUCACCACUACGUAUAAUAAUUAUCAGUCUGGGAAACAGCAAGAUACAAGUGAUCCAGGUAAACCUGAAUCACCAGAAAAGGAGCCGAGAAAGUCAUUCAGACAAUCAUUUUUCUCCCUUAACAAUUCGUUCAAUAAUUCAUUAACUCCUGGUAAAAGUGAAAAUAAGGCACAGGAACAACAGGAUCAACCAGAAAAUAACGGGAAUCAAAUCCCUAUGAUAGUGGAGAAUUUACCUGGCGGACUAGUGUUAACGGAAGAUGAAAUUAAAAUGAUCCAGGAAACCAUUAGUCUAGAUGAAUUAUUUGAAGACUCCUUUACAACAAGUUCUUACUAUUUUGAGUCAGUUUUACCAUCGUUCCAGUUCAUCAUACAAUUGAGUCCCGGCACUAACCAUGCUGCUGAAUCCGAAGUCAUCUUGGUGGACAUACAGAAUUUACAGAGUAGGUUAUAUUUACAUGCGGUGAUGGAUAUGAAGGACAAGGACAGGUAUGAAGGGUAUUUCGAUUUAAACCUGGACUCAUUUGAUGUCAUCAUGAGAAACAAGAAGAUCAUGACAUUCUCACAACAGAAUAUACCAUUCCAAUCAAUCAUAGACACAUACAUUGAGCCAACAGAUUCUCUAGUUGUCAGUGAUUUGUCAGACAAAUUGGCUCAGAAUCCAGGAAAAUCGGGCUUGCAACAGUCUAACAGAUUAGAGUUAAUACAGUCAAUAAGUGUGACUGAAAGAUGCAUAAUGAAUUUGAGAAUAUAUCACAAGAUAAUGGAGAAAGGAAAUGUAGUAGUUGUAAACGGAGAAUUAAGACCGAUAGAAACUAACAUUUUCCCCGAACUGAUACCAGUUUUCUUUGACCUAAUCUCUCUGUUUCAUCCAAUUAAACAAAUUUUCAAUCAAGAUCACAGUCUAGACAAUUAUAAUACAACUUUUGCAACGCCCACCUAUUUAGGACCUACCGAUUUGGGACCUACGGAUUUAGGACCUAUUGAUAAGGAACCAGAAUUUGAUGAGUUAACUAGUGAAUUAAAUAGUGAAUUGAAUAGUGAAUUAACUAGUGAAUUAACUAGUGAAUUAACUAGUGAAUUAACUAGUGAAUUAAAUAGUGAAUUGAAUGGAGAUGAAUUAUUGAGUGACAGAGAUUCGGUACAUUUCCCAUCAGCAGAAGUUGACAGGAUCCAAUUCAUCAACUUUGACAUAAAGUUCAGUGCACCAAUUUUGAUUAUAUAUUACGAGGAAAAGAGGAUAGAUUUUUACUUUGGAACUCUUUUAUUCAAGUCUAACGGAGACUGUCAAAUAGGCCACAUUGAUGGAACUCUGGAGCUGAAACAGACCCAAAUCACGUGUAAUUAUAUGGAGAAAUCUUAUAAUUUCCUGAGGCCGCUGCCGGUAAAGAUCCACUAUGACGUGGAUAUGAAGAAUGAACAGAUUAACCUGAACGUGAUUUUCGAGGAGAUUUUCGCACAACUUGAACCCAUGGCAACGAGUAUACUAUUCAAAGUACCAAAUGAGAUUAUCAAGAUCGUGUUAAAUAAUAUGGACAGAAGUGAUACUUGUGGGACAGACCCGAUAACCCAUGUAAAUAAAAGUGAUGUCAGAAAUAAGUUGAAACAGUAUAAAAUAAGCUCUAAUGUGCUUAUUAGACACUCGGGUUUCUCAGUGUCAAACUUAAAUCUGCACGAGAUAUUCAAGCUGGACAUGUACAAUGUGGCAGUUAAAAUGUCAUACACACUGCUGAAUUUUAACUUUAGCCUGUCACUGGAGUCGUUUAUCAUUUCAAAUCCAACCACUAAAAUACCACUUUUCAAGACUAAAAAUAAUUUGUCAACCUACACAAGCGUUGACCCCUUUGGAUCGGGUGAAGUUCCGGUUGACUUAGUUGGUUUGGAUAAUUUGAAUAUUUCACAGUAUCAAUCGGAGCCAGAUAAGCAAACGAGUGACGGAGUUGAAGACUUGGCUGUUCAACUGGAGCGAAUGAGCUCAUUGGACAAAGUUGAGGAUGACACUGUAGAAGAGUAUGUAGACGCCGUAGAAGAUGUAUCAAAGUCACUAGACCUGGAAAUUACUACUAGAAUAGAUGAGAAUAAGUUAUAUAAUGUGGUUAAUGCGCAGAUAAUUGAGAUGGAGGGGAAUUGGGAGUACUCUACGAUUAAGCUUAUUGUGGACGGGUUUCAGGAGUACAAGGACAUAUUCAGUAACCAAAUAACUCAAACCACACUAACAAGCUUAACAACGACGUUUAAAAACUUUAAGGAUAAAUUUAUUUUUCCAAAUGCGAACUUAGCGAGUCAGGGCGAUGCCGGGAGGUCCCAAACUCCUGGCGCCAAUUCAACAUCUGCCGAUGAUAUUGAAGGAUUUUUGAUAGAUAAAGAUUUACCCGUGUUGACUAGUGAGUUGAAGAAGUUGGAAGUUGUAACAAAGUGUAAACUAAUAAUCAAAGGAGCUUCAGUGCUGUUUAAUAACUCCAACGGCGACGUCAUCGCGAAACUCUGUGUAGGAAAAAUACUUUUUAAGUUGAAUAAAUUUCAAAAUGGUGAAAAGAUUAUCAAGUUGUCAAUUCAAACUGGGAAAUUAUAUUUCGGAGGCCGGUGCAUUUUGUCACAUCUAACCAAUUAUGAAACUUCUGCUCCAAAUUCUGGUACAAAUUCUGGUACAAAUUCUGCUCCAAAUUCUGGUACAAAUUCCGCUCCAAUUUCCCAUCCGAACUCAGACUCUUCUUAUUCCUUUAGUGAUAACCAAAGUGACGAAGAGGUGGAAAAUAAUUUAUUGGACCUGAAGUUGAAAUGUUACAACACGAAGGAAGUUCCGUAUAGCAUAUGUUUCCAAGGAAAAGUGGACAGAGUAGUGUUUGUAUAUUUUCAGCAAGAUAUUAACAGGUUUUUGGAAUAUUUUGAUGACGGGAUUCUGAGUGUGUUUUUAAGCAGAUCAUAUCACAGAGUUGUGCAGAGAGCUGAUGAAAUUUACUUCUUUUAUCACUUCUCAAUCACUUCGCCGAUUUUCAUUUUACCCGAAAAUAAAGCCGCUAUCCCAGAUUGUAAACGACACUACAAACAACAAAUACCACCAGGAUCAACUUUACCACUAUACAACAUAGAUAAAUGUUAUCAAAUAGAAGGGGUUAGUGACGGAGUUACUGAUGGAGUUAGUAGUGGAGUUAGUGAAGGAGUUACUGGUGGAGUUAGUGAUAAAUUGGAUAAUGAGUUACUGUAUAGUAAGCAUGUGGACGACAUUAUGAACAUAUCAAAUGUGGUGGAUUUGUGGUAUUUUGGAUCGUAUAUACUGUUUGAGUUGGGACAUUUGGAGUUUAGAAACAGUUACAGUAAGUUAUUUGAAACCUACAAGAGCACGAUAUUCCUAAAAAUGCUAGGCACAAAGGCACAAAUCAUGGAACAGAAGGAUGGAACAAUGAAUAUAAGUGGAGUGAUCCUAGACCCAACAGACCUGAAAGUAUGCACAAGAGGAAGAGAUUUGAUGGAGAUUGGAGUAGACAGUAAGGCGCUAGUGACAAAUUUGACCAGGAACCAGAUGACAUUUCUGAUCGACGUGUUUAAUGAGAAUAUCGGAGGAGCUUCAUAUAUGAUCACCUCAGAGAGUAAUAAUUUUACACAGAACUUUCCAACCAAAAAUGAGUCCCGUUAUCUUAUCAGGUUAUCGAUUAAUAAGCUACAAUUUUACUGCUACAAUAAUUCUCAAACUUCGAACACAGGCGGCCAGAUUUCUAGUACUAACCACACCACCAAUUCAGGUAUUAUUCCGCUUGGAUUAUUUGAGUUUAAUGACAUAACUUGUUGUCUGGACUAUGCGUCUAAUAAUGUGAAGCUGGUUUCGUAUUACCAGUUUGGGUUCAUAAGUAAGUCUCUGACGAUAACAGACUUGAGAGUGAACAGCUUUAACAAGUAUAAAACCCUUUUAAAGUGCAAUAACGAGGAUGAAUAUAGUGGAGAGGACAUGAUAGUGUUGGAGGAUGGAGAUGAAAUUGUCAACUCAGUCAACGGAUUACUCUUUGAGUGGUUAAAGAAUUAUAAAAGUAAAACUGGGAAUGAUUUUUUCAAAAUCGAUCCGAGCAACUUUACUAAAACAAAGUCACAAGGUGUUAACUUUGUUGACGGAGACUCAGAGGCCAGGUUACAGUAUCACGGAAUUAAAUGUGUGAUUUCAACAGACCCAGAGGAAAGUUUUAUCGAUGUAAUAGUCUCAAAGAGUGAGAUACCGCUACUGUUUGUGUACUUUUUUGACCUAGUGAGGUUCUUCUCAUUGUCGUACGGCACUUCGUCAAUGUCACUGUUCCCCAAAAUAUCACAAGUAAAUGUUGAGCGAGUUUACAUAUUGAAUUUGCUCGUUAGUAAGAGUAAGUUUAUAUCCUUUAGUAAGAUGGAUAAGCUGGACUCACCGAGGCUAGAGCUGGUGACGGACUUUUUGUUACAAAUGCACGUUCACGGAAACUCGUUCAAGUUCACGAAACUUGAUAUCAUUGACUGUCUACUCUCCAGAGUUUAUCCAAACACUAAUAUCAAGCAGGUGCUGUGCAGUAACUUUUUAAUGUACGGUAAGGGACAUUACCUGUCUGAAGUAUCCUCUAAGAUGUUUUUCCAGUUCACAAUUCCGCAGAUUAAUUUACUACUUUACACGAGGGAUUUGAGCAUUAUCAUUUACUGCUUUAAAAGUAUGUUCACAGAUGGACCAAGUGUGAUCCCAAUUAAGCUGGUGAAUAAUCAGCUAAUUGACGAUAACACGAGCAAGUUCCUGACACUGUCAUUUGACAUCAAGGGGAUUGAAAUGAUGUUCUACGAUGACUUGAAGAAGAGUAUAGUACCUCUGGUCAAGUUUACAGUGGAGUCGGAAAAGUUGGAAAUAUUAAAUUUACCCAUAGAAAAGAGGUACUCGCUAAUUCGAUGUAACUGUCAUUUGUACUACUUUAACACGAAUGUCGGAGACUGGGAGCCGUUCAUAGAGAAGUUUAUUUUCAACUUGGAGUACAUAACAAACCCGACUGGCAAAUCAACUGAAAUGAUGAAGAAAAAUAGGAUAACUAACCAGAUUAACAAGCCUAACAGAGUGAGUGACGAUAACACAUGGAAGGAUUUUGUAGCCGAAUAUCAACUGAAGAUCACGUGUAAUAGUAAUUUACUCGUCAACAUAACACCAAACCUGUGCCAACUCCUGCAAUACUUCCUACCAAUCCUCAAAUCUAACCUCCAGUCACCAUGCCUAAAUAACCCAAAUAUUAAUCAAUCAGAUGAUUCUACUAAGGUAAACGGUACUGAUGGCACUAUUGGUCCUGAUGGCACUAUUGGUGCUCUUGGACCUAAUAAUCAGUCUGAAGAGGAUGACAUUGAAAUGUAUAAUUAUAGAUAUGUAAAUCUGACGAAUUACGAGUAUUACGGGUUUAUAAUGGAUUUAACCAAGAGUAGAAGUGAGGCUUUUAGUGACGUGUUGCACAUAGUGACUACUACAAACCCGAAACAGCUGGAUUCAUUGGUGAAUCAGCUCCACAAGGAGGUUAGCAGUAACGAUUACUGCAUAUACUUGAUAACAAAGCCGCCAAAAUAUUUGUUAAAACACCUCUCAAAGGAGCUGAACUGUAGUGAACAGUUGGUGGAAACAGAUUUGUUGACAACGACUUCGGUGUUCAGAACAAUUUCAAACCUGUCAAGCAUAUCAUCUCACGGAUUUAACAAACACAGUGUUUACAAGGAGAUGAAUAGGAGUACGUUAUUUAACAACGGAACAGUGCUGAGUAACAUACCCUUGUCAAAGAACUGCACAGUACUACUGUCAGUUCCAGUGAAGGAUAUUAACAUGUACAGCAUGGCGGAAACGAAUAUGGGAGAACCAGAACAAGCCCAAGACGACGAAGUCAACGAUGUUCUCACCAACAUAGUAACCACAAACACCACUGAACACAGUGCCGAAAGCUCGAGUGUGAGUGGCACAGAUUUGAGCACUAGUAGACCCAGUAGCAGUGCUUUCAACACUAAUAGACUCAGUAGCAGUGGUUUGAACAGUAAUAGACCAAGUAGCAGCGCUUUGAACACGAAUAGACUGUCAAAUAGUGUAGUUGGAGUUCCAAACAGUACUGCGAGAUUUAGUAACCUAAGUGUUGAAACUAGCGGAACAGUGGGAACUGGCGUCAUGGGAAUAAGCAGGAAUAACAGAGCAACAAAUGUGUCGAAUACAACUUCAAAUAAUAACAUCAUAUGCCAGGUGUUGACGCCACAUCCGUCGCAUAAAUUAUUGUUAUUCACGUCUACGGUGAGGAUAUAUAAUAAGUCGGGAAUGCCCAUAGUCAUGUGCUUCCUUGACAGAACUUUUAACCAGCAGUACAUGUAUAACCUAAAUCACAGGACAAUUCCGUGUAACCUCUUAAACCAAAGUAAUAUGGAUAAUUUUAAGCAGUAUACCACGAAUAACAUUUAUACUGGGCUUUCAGAGGUACAAAAGUAUACUCAAAACAAGGGCAUUGAGGAUCAAGACGGUUACUACGUAGUGAUCCCAAAUGAUUACAUGUUAUCAGUGCCAGAAAACGUAUUCAUAACGGAUUCCCAGACGAUCUUUUCAUUUAAACCACUGUACAGACAGCAUACGUAUGAUAUCUUCAGUCCAAGCAACGUUGAUUUCCGAAGUAAAUCGAGUGAAAAUUUAUUAAAAGAUUACAACAAGUUGGUUAAUAAAAGUGGCUGGUCAAAACUGAUAGAUACGUCACAUCACGUGGGCACAAGACUGAGACAGUGCUACUGUCCAGAAUUAACCAAGAACGGGUUUAUCUACUUUGUAGUCAGUGUCAAUCAUAAAAGGUCGUCACUCCCAGCAAACGUAAACGUGUCAGAGGUUGUUAUUUACCCGUCAAUAUCAGUGAUGAACACACUACCACUAGACCUAGAUCUCAAGCUGCUAUAUAAAGAUUACAACUUGAACAGUUCAAAGUACGGCGGGAAAGAUGAUCACAAUUCGAGAAAGGAGGAAGUUGUAUACAAACUUAAUAAUAAGAGUAUACUACACAUUUACUCAGUGCCUCCAAACGAGUCUCUAUCUCUGUACCUAAAGCUUUGUAAGACUGAAAAACCAUAUUCAGGCAGAUCAAACAGGGACAGUGGAUUUUCAACGGAUUGGUGUAGUAGGAUUGACAAUAUCUAUGGAAACAGUGAUACUAAAACUACGUUUAACAUGAUGGUAAACUCAAGUUUACUGGAGCUAGAGUUGAUUCGGUUUCCAGGAGCACUACCGGUAAAUAAUUUAUGUAUACAAGGACAUUUAAGUUUGAUAAUUAAUGCGCCAUGGAUUUUUAUUGACAGAACAGGCCUCUCUUUAGUUCCACAGCAUUUCAACAGGAUAUUCACAACAAACAACUUGUCAUUCCUGUACGAUAACAAUAAUAAUAAUUAUAAGUUGAUAUCACUGAAUAAUCCAGUCCAGUCUACAGGAAGACACGCACGGUACCCGGAUAUUUAUGCUCCUUCCGGUCCUAGGUACAGUUCCAGCAGCAGCCACAUCCAUGAACGCCAAGAGGAUCUUAUUGACGAGAAUGAAUAUGACAUUAAAAUGCCAAUUAUCGGAGGUUACGUAUAUACGACAAUUGAUAUUAAGGGGAAAAAUCAUUGCGUGUGCUUAAUUACGGAGAAGGUGUACAUACCAGGUCUGGCCCACAUUUCCAGUAAGGUGACUUCAGCACUCCCAGAGUAUUUAUUUACAAAUAAUUUAAAGGAAGUUGUACACCUUAGAAAAGAUUCCAGAACACAGAGCAUGCAAAUUAUGCCCAGUUCCACGCAGUCUAUCUCACAUUUGACGAAUUUUAACAACGGAGCAAGUCCGUCGUCAGGAAAUAGAGAAGACUCGAGUGAAAAUUACAUUGAGCUUAAGGUGGGAAUGGAGACGUGCUGGAGUAACGUGAUUUACCUCAACGAGCUUUACAGUGGAGAGACAUUCAUGUCACUAUUAAAGGAGAACAGUUCCAAGUCAUUAGUUUACAACAUCACAAUCAUACCGAAAAAUGGAAUAAAAUACAUCUCAAUUAAUCCAAUCCUAACACCCACGCCAACAAUGUUAACAUCUGGAGAUAAGGAUAAUGACACAAGAGGUUACUUACUUUACAACAAUUGCAGUGUGAUUAAGGUGGUGAUGAUAAGGACUUUUCAUAAAAGUGAUAUCAGGAAUGGGUCCUGUUUCACAGCAAAAUACGGCCAAGUGGUAAAUUUCGGUUGGCCAAAUCCAUUUGUACAUAAAACCAAGCUUAUACAAGUGUUACUGUGGCUAGACAAGAAUACUGUGGCACCUAGUAAACCGCUGAUAUUCAAUUUCUCAACUCCUUCCUUCAGGUAUAGAAGAAUUGAACUUACCACUCCAGAAUACCACACCAACUAUAGCAUUACAAUACUGGCUGAAAAUAGAAUCGACUAUUACAUUAUCAUCAUUAACCCCUUCGAAAAUAACUCAUUGACCGGAAACAACUCAAUGAAUUUGAAUAACACAAUGAAUGUGAGUAACACGACGAAUGUGAAUAACAUGACGAAUCCAAAUACGAAUCCAGGUGGUUUGGGUAAAAAAGAAGUGGAAAAGGCAGAUGUGGAGGAAAUUGAUGACAGUUUAUUACUUGACGGGAAUAACUUGAAGGAUUCGAAGGAGGAAGAUUUACAAGUGUUUGAAGAGGAGAUUAAGAGUUAUCAAGUGAUAUUACAAAUCAACCAGAUUGGGGUGAGUAUAGUGUCUCAAAGUUUGCAUGAGGAGUUGUUCUUUCUAGAGAUGGGCGGCAUCAUGAGUUUGUUCAUGUGUAAGGAGGAUAACCAGAGGCUAGAAUUGAAGAUUUUAGAUGUGCAGCUGGAUAAUCAGUCGGAUUCAGAAAUAGGAAGAACAAUCUUGGUAAAUCGAUCAAAAGUUGAGAAUAAAGACGCAAGUUUCCUCCAAGUGUACGUUGACAGACCUUUCAGUAACUGUAAAGACAUUUCAAUCAAGAAGAUGUUCAUAUCCCUGGAUGAUCUCCAGGUGGAUUUCAACGAUUUGUUGUUCACAAAAAUAUUUAACUACUACAGAGAGUGCAUGAUUAACCUGAAUAAUUACAGCGGACACGGUUACGAUUUCUCUAGCGACAACAUGGAGAUUGGGAAUAAAAUGUCAAAAUUUGAUAAUAAAAUUAAUAUUGACAUGAUAGAAAAGUGGUUAAACAUGGAAAAUGAAUCACCAACCAGCAGCAUCGACGUUAACGUGAAGUUGCCAAGAAGUAUAAGCAUAGACUAUUUAUACAUUGAGGCGUUUAAUUUAAUGGUAUGGUGUUGUUUCGAACUUGACAAAUUACACAUGCUGGGUGAUUUGCUGAGAGUAGGAAUUAGGAUCCUGAGUAUAUCUAGAAACUUCCAACUCAUGGGAGCGCCACUAAGUUUCCAACGAGAGUACAUCAGCGUUAACAGGACAAGCAUAUUCACAUUCUACGAGCAAAUGAAGGAGAAAUACUUACAGGCAUGUUUAUCGUCAAUAGUAGGCAUCCUGGGAUAUAGUAACUUGUUAAACAUACCAAGGCUGCCAAUAACUGUUGGAAAGUGUACACUGGAGAUUGCGGCAGACGCUGUAGACUCAGUUUCCACAAACUUAGGCAUGAUUUUAUCCAAAUUCACCUUUGACAAGGAUUAUAUCAAGAGAAGAACAACACACAGAGAUGUCACGAGUAUGAAGGAUGGUAUAUUUAGUGCAGGAAAGAGUAUAGGCGAGGGGCUCUUUAGUCUCACAAAUAUUAUAACGAAGCCAAUUGAAGGAGCUCAGAAAGAAGGCAUGGGCGGAUUUAUCAAGGGCCUAGGAAAAGGAAUUGUAGGUUCCAUAGUCAAACCUAUUGACAAGGUUGGAAUAGCUGUUUCUCAAGUCUCCAAGGGAAUCAAGGCCAACAUUAACAAGGAGGAAAAGUAUGCGAUAGAGCCCUGUAGGAAACCCCGAAUGCUUUGGGGCGAGUUCUCUCAAAUUCGAACCUACUCCACAGUGGACGCUGAAAUUAAAUACGUACUUGGCACCAAAUAUUCCAAAUACAUUAUGGACUGUCUGGUCAUUUUAAAACAAGUUAACAACGGAAAGUACAUUGCGCUCCUAUUUUAUCCAUCGAAAAUCUAUCUCGUCGACUUAAUCAAUAACCCAAAUCAAAGCAAAAAACCCUUUACAAUGUGGAAAUUACAAAUUUCUAACAUCACCGACGUCAGAGCCUCAUCUCACGGAGUUAUCAUCAAGUGUGGUACUGAGCAAUAUCAAGUACCUUGUACGAGAGCGGAGAUGAUAAAUAACAUUUACGUUUGCUUCCAAAGAUCUAUUAAACAUUCUUCGUCUCAACUCACCAUCGGUCCUGAACUUUUCACCAAUUAA